AUGGCUGAGGAAGACCACGGAAGUCUAGAACCUCCUACAAGGACUAGCAUUGAGGACCCAGGCGCACACGAACUUGCAGAAACUGUUGAAUCUUCGGAUUCAGAAGACCAUUUUUCAGAUGCACACUCUGGUCUAGAACCAUCCACCGCAGCCUCACCCAUUGUCCCCACUACUCGAAUUGAGAAAGUCGACGAUGAACCAAGUUAUGGAGAAGUUCCGGGUACACAAGCAUAUAAUAUGAGAGUAGAGGAUGCUGAGCCUGAUCAAGUUGCAAUGGCUCCAGAAUUUGAUGAUGUCGCACGAGCCCGGCGACCUUCAACUCCGGGUGACUUACCAAUUCCCAUCACUGUCGUUGAGAAGAUAGACCCCGAUACUCCAAGUCAUGGAGAAGUCCCGGGUACACCAGCGUAUGAAAAGCGUAAGGCUGACGCAGUCCCGGACUUGGUCUUAGACUCAACUCCUGGUCGCAGUCGCUCCAAUACUCUGAAUACCACUGGUAUCACAAGAUCAAGAGCUGGUAGUACACCAGGGGACUUACCAAUUCCCAAGACUGUAGUUGAGAGGAUAGACUCUGAACCAAGUCAUGGCGAAGUUCCCGGUACCGCCGCAUAUGAAUUGCGAAAGGAAGAUGCUCAACCGGACGACAUAGUUGAGGUCGCUGAUGUACCUGCUCCCCAAGAAGAAUACAAUGAAGAAGAAGACGGAGAUGAUGGUCAUGGUGGAGACGGUGGGGAUGAUGCAGAUGAUGGCGGUUUUGGAGAUGAUUUCGAUGAUUUUGAGGAAGGAGAGGAAGAUGCAGAGUUUGGUGAUUUUGAUGAUGGAUUUCAAGAGCCUGAAGUAACUCAAUCUUCUCAACCAAUUCCUGUAGUUCCUUCUUUUCCCACCUUUGACCUGACAGAUCUCGAUGCACCCGAGGAUAUUCGCUCUGCAACCGAACCCUACCUCGAUCAUAUAUUUCCCUCAGACACAAUUGAUAUAUCAGUCCUUCCACCUCUUGACAAUCCGAAUCCCAUAUUCCUCACACCACGAUCCGCAUCACUCUGGUCACAGCUUGUGGCUCCACCACCCCUUCAACCACCAAAUUGGAUUCGAUCCCGUAUUCGUCGUCUCUUCCUCGUCAGUCUCGGUAUUCCCGUAUCUCUGGAUGAAAUCCUUCCAGCUUCCACACAAAAGAAACUCAUCCUCCCCUCCCUGUCUUUACAUCCAUCAUCUUCUGGCUCUCUCGACAGUUCCAUAGAUCGUAUCAAAUCCUCUUCUUCUACUUCCCUUGACUCACAAGGCAAUGUCAAGCCUGCUCGCUCUGACAGUCGACGUCGAAAGGGUCCUCCACCUGCCCCUCAAUUAGAUUUGGUAUCCGCACGUCAAACUUGCGAGAUUACUGAAGAAGCUCUACAAGGCUUAACAAUAGAUGAGUUGAAAGGACACGUGAAAAAGCUUGAGGAAAUGGAAGUUUUGGCGAAAGAAGUAUUAGGCUAUUGGACGAUGAGGACUGAUGAAAAGUUAGGUGAUAGGGAGGCUUUUGAAGGGGUUAUUGAGAAUCUGGUCAAGCAUGCUAGGAAGGUUAGGAAGUGA